GUUCGGAGCAGUGUGUUGGACUGCUGGAUUGAAAAGCAAAUUGUUCACUUGAGCCAUUGGCAUAGCCUUCUUACACCUAAACCACUCCGGAGUGCCAGAAUGUGCUAUUGAUACGUUUCCCCAACAGGUCACAGAGCGGUCCGAUCAUACACUCCCACAAUGGCCGCCGCGGCCGCAACCACACUGGCCCAUCAGGUGCCUCCAAUGUCCCUGCCUCCCAUGCCUCGCGUUCGACCUCCGCGAAUGCUCAAAGGCACGGUCAGCCCCAACACGAAUCCGCAACCAGGUGGUGAAUUCCCGGAGGGCCUGUUCUGGGUACAAGGCAAAUGGCGCGCCAGGGGCUCGAAUGCGGCCAAAAAUAAGAGGGCCACGCAAACCCGGCAAGCUGCAAAGGCGCCGCGACACGAGACCCAUGGAUUGAAUAUUUAUGCAUACCGCCAUAUACGGACGAACCAAGUGAUAUACAGUUUGACCAGGACGCUCGAGAAUAACAAGGUGUUGAGACAAUUGGUCUUCCAUGGGAAGAAGACGGUGCCUGCUUCAGUCCGUCGCGACAUGUGGACGCCUUACUUCUCAAUCCACUUCCCGCCCACGCCUGCGGGAGCGUUAGAAGGUCUUUUUGCGUUUCAAAAACUGCGCGAGCUCUCCUUGCAGCGGCAGCUCUCGCCCCCGGAUGACCUGAUCAGGGUCACCCAGCAAGACAUCGACACUGUAAAGUCAAAGCUCGGAUCACCGGCGGAUUUGCAAGAGGCGGCUGUACGAGAUGAACAGUUGGCUGCGAGGAUACCCAAACGGGGCGAGCUCUUGCCGAAGAAGCUACAGGCGCAAAGGUUGAUGGAUCAGAAAGCCACCAGUGUUGCUGAUGCAGCUUUUGUCCUGGACUGGAUAAGUUCAGGCCCAAGCCCAUUGGAUAGAAUGGUGGAAAUUGAAAUGAACCGGGUGGCUCGGCACAAGGACAGGACGAAGAAGGCGCGGAGGCGGAUUCAUGCGAUUCGAGACGAAGAGGCCAAAAAGAAGGACGAGAUUAUCCGACGUGCAUCUUUGGCCUUACAGGAUUUGGACCCGGAGGACCGUAGUCGCCUGCCUCUCCCAGCUGGUGCGCUCCGCCAGCUCAGUAUGGAGCAUCAUGGCCUGGUGGAUGGUAGCAAACUCGUCGACAUCGACCAAGUCGCGGAACUCAAGGACGCGAUUAAGGAGUGGAAAGGCUUCAUCAACAUCGAUCCCAACAAUUUUGAUGAGGAGGAAUGGAACCGGAGGCAAUAUGUUGUUCGUGCAGCCGAGCGAGAGGCAAUCAAGGAGUGGUUUGAGGAGCAUGAUACCCCCACGACAGAGUCAGAUUCGGUUUGGAAUCGAGUUUCGGCCAAGAGGGAGUCGGCGCUGAAGGAGUUCGAGGCCGACACAAAGGCUAGACAAGAGCAGCGUCACGCCAGCAGACGCGAAGAGGCAUUAAAGCGUGCAGAGGAAGCGGCCACGAAAGAACAUGAGAAGCGCACGGCUGCUGGCUCCAACGCUCCCUCUCUGGAACAAAUGAUUGGACAGUACAAGAAGGAUGCUCUUGAGCAAUUCGAGCAGCAGGAGAAACAACUGGCCGCAGAGGAGCAGCAGAAGUCCAGACCUGACUGGGCAGACACUCGCGAGAUCAAGAUGUUCUGGGCCGAUCUGAAUGACGGUCUGUUCGCGUCAGCAUGGCCGCAGAAUGUGAUACAUGGCCCGCUGGCACCGUAUGGCGUGGCCAAGGCCUUGGUGCGUGAGACAGAAGAUCGAGUCAUCGAGGAACUCGACGAUGAAGCCGAUGCGGGAGAGCGAACGCCUCGCACGCUGGAGGUUGUGACAUCCAAGAGCGUGCAUGUCAUUGGAAGCGGCCUGGAAGACGGUUGGCUGCCUUCGGAGCUCAAUACUAUCCACAAGGAGCCUGCGCCAUGGUCGCCACGACCAGCUGACCAGGACGGAACGUUAGCACAGCAAUCUGCCCCCGACGCCGCGACUGCAGAACCCGCCGCUGACCAGCAAGACUUCGGAGUGUAUUACGAAGAACCUAAGAAAGGCAUGUGGGCUCGUGUGCGUGGCAUGUUUGGCCGGUAAAGCAAGCAAGAAUCGGCGAACAGGUGAAUGGAUACCUUUCUUUGGCCCACGAAUAUGGGUCGAAGAAAUAGAUGUCAAACAGACCAGUCCGACGGCUUUGAAAAGUCGACGUUUGGUCUCCCUCAUUCAUUUCGACUCGAUCGUCAAGCUCUCCGAGGAAGCCGUGGGUGGGCAUACUAUCGAUCAUCACGAUCAGUGCAAGCAGGCAGAGACGAGUUGAAGAGUCGGUCCUCUUGUGUCUUCUCCGUGGUGCCUCAAUGCUUGAGAGGCUUCAUCCUUCAGCCGCACGGUGGACUUUUCAGCACGACCAAAGGCCCUCGCUUGCGGCUUGGGUGCAGCUGUGCUUUUGUUCCCAGAACAAUAUGAAUCUCCCAUAUCAUUCAACCUUGGUACGAACCAUAUAGCUACCUGGCUAUCUCCUGGUCUACUUAAUGUGUUCCCCGGUACGAGUGAUUGAAUAUUACGGCAUGGCUUGGGUUGAGUUGCGCUUGGCUGAAGCAGGACGACGAGAAAAUUCUUAGACAUGCGCUUUCACUGUACAACAUGACGACUAAGGUCAGGUCUACAAUUUAGAGGUGUCUUACCUGUGUAUCUAUGGACCCGGUACAUGUACAUGUAUGUCUCAAAAAUUAUAACCAAAAACUGUCCAUUCCCUA